AUGAGUGCGCACACGGAAUCACUUCUAAAAUACGACACUCCGGUUUCGGUUGGCAAAAGUACAGUUAGAAAAUCAGGAAAGGGACGUCCAUUCAAAGUGAGCCAACAUCAGCCAACGGACUUCCCUGUACCCCCUCCCCCUAAAACCAAAUCAGCAUCACCUGAAGAUGAGGAAAUCCUCAAUGUCAUCUUUCCACCCAGGGAGUGGAUGGAGGGCACCCAGCUAUGGAUACAGCGGGCAUCCAGUACGCCGAGUACACGAGCCGACGUGGUCAACCUGGAAGAAGCGCUUGACAGAAAGUUGCAGCAGAGGCGAGCCUUGGAGACGGGCAUCUGUCCUAUCCGGAGGGAGUUGUACUCACAGUGCUUUGACGAGCUUAUCCGACAAGUGACCAUCAACUGCGCUGAACGAGGCCUUCUGUUACUGCGCGUCAGAGAUGAAAUCCACAUGACAAUCGCCGCCUACCAGAAGCUCUAUGAAAGCAGCGUGGUAUUCGGCAUGAGGAAAGCUCUACAGGGUGAGCAGGACAAAGUGGAUAUGCGGCAAAGAAUAGAUGACCUAGAAAAGGAGAAACAAGAGUUGACGAUGCAGCUAAACGAGCAGAAAGCCGAACGCGUCGCCAACGAGAAGCGAAAUGAUGAAAAACUGGACGCGCAGGAGAAGAGGCACAUGGAACAGAUCCACUUCCUGAAAAAGACCAACCAGCAGCUAAAGGCCCAGCUGGAAGGGAUGGUCUUGCCAAAGAAGUAA